AGCUACAUGAUCAAAUCACGACUGUAGAGACAUUGUGCGACAAUUCGAUAUCGGGCAUCGUCCAUUGUCAGACUCACGGCCAACCGCAUUGUCAGUCGUGCCCAUUAAAACCUCAAUUUACCUGGAAAAUCCCUCCUUGGAGGAACAGAGACAAACAUGAUUCAAUUAAAGACCAUGCUCAAUGUCAUCGACAACUCUGGCGCCGCCGUCGCCGAAUGCGUCAAAGUCCUCCGAUCCAAGCGCGCCGCCAAAAUUGGUGACCGGAUAAUCAUCGUCGUUCAAAAACAGCGCAAUUUCGGCCCCGAAUCAGGACCCGGAGGCUCCGUGUCUGUGGGAGCCGCGAACAAAGUCCGACGAGGUGACGUGCGACAUGCGGUGGUCGUGCGAACGAAGAAGAAGUGUCAGCGACCGGACGGAAGCGUGGUGAAUUUCGACGACAAUGCGUGUGUGCUGAUCAACAAGACGGGCGAGCCAAUUGGGUCGAGAUUAAACGGUGUGGUGGGAUCGGAGUUGAGGAAUAAGAAGUGGAGCAAGAUUCUGAGUUUGGCGCCGAUGCAUCUGUGAGGGACAGGCAUGGCAGUGGAAGGGACGAUGGGAAACAAGCUUGGAUUGGAAAGGAGGUAGAAGGGUGAACAUUUGUAUCGAAGGACAAGUUCAGCAUUUGGCGAGGAGUUAAUGGAGUUUUGGAACGACCAUGGACGAGAGAUCUGUGUGGAUGGCUUAUCGUGCCAUCAAGGACAUCCACGUGCUGUACCAAAGUCACGGCACGUUGUUUUGUAUAUCAGAAGAGCGUCGCCUCUCAUGUCACAUUUCUUCGCAUCACUUGAACGGUAUCGCAACAGCACGAGAUAAUCUCAUUCCAUUGCCGAAUCAGUGAAAGGCGAUCACUGCUAUAGCUAUGAUAACACGCAUCCCAC